AAAGAAUCUAAAAUAAAUAUUUUAAAAGUUCCACCGAAAUCCAAACACACACGAUGACAAUUUAGAAGCAGCUUCUGGCAUAGUGAGACGAGCCCCACAUCUCCACCCAGUUCCAGUUCUUGCAACAUAAAUACGCCUCACCUCCUUACUCCUUACUACUUCUCUCUGCAAGACGCCAUGGCCACGGCUCCCACAAACUUCCUUCUCUACUCCUUUCUCUCCUUAGCCACAGCCUUUGCUCUGUUUUUCACCUUCCUCCAUCUCCCAAUUUCCUCGCCCGACCACCGCCUUCCCUCCAAUCUCUUCGGCCUGAAUCCCACGAGCCGCCGCGACCACUCCUCCGACACCCCCCACCACCCUCUCGACCCCCUCACCGUCCAAGAAAUCAACCGAGUCCGUUCCAUCAUCUCCUCCCAUUUUCUCUUCCAAUCCUGCCCCUACUCCGUCCACUCCCUCGUCCUCGAAGAGCCCCAAAAAUCCCUCGUCCUCGCCUGGCAAAAAGGCCACCGCCUCCCCCCCAGAAGGGCCUCCGUAAUCGCACGUGUCGACGCCCACACCCACGUGCUGACCGUCGACCUUACCACCGCCGACGUGGCGGUCCACCCAGCGGGCCCACAUGCGGGCUUCCCCACCAUGACGAUCGAGGAGAUGAACUCGGCCACGUGGGUCCCACUCAAGAGCGAGCGUUUCAACCGUACGAUCCUCGACCGCGGGAUCGCACUGUCGGACCUGUCGUGCCUGCCGAUUUCGACCGGAUGGUUCGGCCCGGCCGAGGAGAACCGGAGGCUGAUUAAGGUGCAGUGCUACUCCAUGAAGGACACCGCCAACUUCUACAUGAGGCCAAUCGAAGGGUUGACCGUUUUGGUUGACUUGGACCGUAAAGAAGUGGUUGAAAUUUCCGACAAAGGGAGGAAUAUUCCGAUUCCUAAAGCGGCGAACACCGAUUACCGAUACUCGGCGCAGCCGCCGAAUAAAGUGAUUAGGCUGCUGAAUCCGAUUUCGAUUGAGCAGCCGAAGGGGCCGAGUUUCACGGUGGAGGACGAUUACUUGGUCAAGUGGGCAAAUUGGGAGUUUCACUUGAAACCCGACCCGAGAUCCGGGAUCGUGGUGUCUCGGGCCAGAGUUCGGGACCCGGAUACGGGGGUGCUGAGGGAUGUUAUUUACAAGGGGUUUACUUCGGAGUUGUUUGUGCCUUAUAUGGAUCCAUCGGAAGCUUGGUAUUUCAAGACGUAUAUGGACGCGGGGGAAUACGGGUUUGGGUUGCAGGCCAUGAGUCUUGACCCGCUUAAUGAUUGCCCGAGAAACGCGUAUUAUAUGGACGGCGUCUUUGCGGCGGUCGACGGGCAGCCGUAUGUCCGACCCAAUAUGAUUUGCCUCUUCGAGAGCUACGCCGGCGACAUUGGGUGGCGCCAUUCAGAGAGUCCGAUUACGGGAUUGGAUAUCAGGGAGGUGAGGCCGAAGGUGACGCUUGUGGCGAGGAUGGCGGCAUCUGUGGCCAAUUACGACUACAUUGUCGACUGGGAAUUUCAAACAGACGGACUUAUCAGAAUCAAGGUGGGUCUAAGCGGGAUACUGAUGGUGAAAGGCACGAGUUACGAGAACGCGAAUGAGUUUGCCGGAAAAGAUGUCCACGGCACACUGCUGUCGGAAAACGUGAUCGGAGUAAUCCACGACCACUACGUAACGUUCUAUCUGGACAUGGACAUCGACGGGUCGGAGAAUUCGUUCGUGAAGGUGAAUCUGGAAAGGCAGCGCACUUGGGAAGGAGAAUCGCCCAGAAAAAGUUACCUGAGAGCGGUGAAGAAGGUGGCCAAGACCGAGAAAGAGGCCCAAAUCAAGCUCAAACUCUACGACCCGUCCGAGUUUCACGUCGUCAAUCCUUCCGUCAAGACUCGGGUCGGGAAUCCGGUCGGGUACAAGGUGGUUCCGGCCGCCAACGCCGCCAGCUUGAUGGAUCUGGACGAUCCUCCGCAGAGGAGGGGAGCGUUUACCAAUAAUCAGAUAUGGGUGACCCCGUACAACCGGACCCAGGAGUGGGCCGGCGGCCGCUUCGUUUACCAGAGCCGCGGCGACGACACUCUUCAAACUUGGUCCGACCGUGAUAGGUCGAUCGAGAACAAAGACAUAGUAGUAUGGUACACGUUAGGGUUCCAUCACAUACCAUGUCAAGAGGACUUCCCGAUCAUGCCGACCGUAUCGGCGAGUUUCGAUUUGAAGCCAGCAAAUUUUUUUGAAAGCAAUCCCAUUCUUAGAUUUCCUCCAAACACCAUUGAAGACCUUCCUGUUUGUAAGGCUGCUGCCUCGGCUUGACCACAGAAUCCUGUGUCUAAGUGGUGUUGAUGAUGUGAUUUGUAUUGUAAAGCUGAAAGAUGUGAUCAUUUGGAAGUUUGUUUUGGGAGAUGACUAAUAUGAGAUGCGUGUUUGAGAGAGAUUGUUCUGUAAUCAUUUAAGAAAAAUACUGUUUAAGUAUAUAUAUUUUCUUUGUUUUUUCUCUAUGAAUA